CAUUUCCACUCAAAUCUCACUUGCAACAGCAACAGAUGGUGAAACCUUCGGCUUCCAUCGACAAAACCGCAGCUGAGAGAAACGAUUCUUCUUCUCGUUACAAGGGAGUAAGAAAGAGGAAAUGGGGGAAAUGGGUGUCAGAAAUCAGAUUACCCAAUAGCAGGGAACGGAUAUGGCUGGGUUCCUUUGAUACCCCUGAGAAAGCCGCUAGGGCUUUCGAUGCUGCACUCUUCUGCUUGCGCGGUCGCAACGCCAAGUUCAAUUUUCCCGACAACCCACCUCAGAUCGACGGUGCUGAGUCUCUCUCACCCUCUCAAAUUCAAGCGGUAGCUGCCCGGUUCGCAAAAGACCCGCAUCCUCAGCAGUUGCCGGAAAACCGUCACUCGUUACAAUCUGACUAUGCAUCGCCGUCGUCAAUGUCGGACGGUGCAGUACCAGCGGCGAGCGACGUGUCCAUUGACUGGUCCUUCUUCGACUUGUUAACGACAUUUGGAUCGGGAGAAGGAGUAGUGUCGGACUUUGAGGGGUUCUCUGGGAUUCAGGAUUUCUCUAGCCAGUAUUUUCCGCCACCACAACCCAAUGUUUCUACUGCUACUGAUACCGCCAUUUUUAACGUUGUCAACGACGAUGAUGAUGCGGUGGAUAAUGGCUAUGGGUCCCAUUCUCUGGAUUCCUCCUUUCUUUGGAAUUUCUGA